AUGUCCGGGACAGAGCUGGGGGACGACUUCACUCACCCAAAUCCGAGCUUUGUUAGCGCACAUCGCCGCUGUCGUGAGGUGGAGAAGGACCUCAUGGUCCAGGUCUCUCGCAAUCCCUCCGAUAUGGUCUUGCGGAAACAGCUCGUCAAUGUUCGAAUCAUGGGUCAUCUCCUGAAAGUCGGUCCUACAGAUGCAGCAAAGUCUCAUAUUUCCACCACCAUCAAUAGCGAAGCUACUGAUGAAGCUCUCAUCGCCCGAGGUGCAUUCUAUGAUAGGUUCUUCAUCAGGACAUGUUGGUUGGUGAAGGGUCCUACCCCCCAGGAAUCUACUGAUCACUCGCGCCCUUCUUUCCGACAGACUCUGGCAGAAGUGCAGAAACAGCUUCAACGUUCUCCAUCUGACCAUCAAGAGGCGAAGAAAAGCGCCUUGGCUCGUGACAAUUAUCGAUGUCUGUUGUCCGGCACCAUGGACUUGAACUCAUACUUAGAUCACGAUGAACUCCGAGCACAGUUACCGGAAGGGAUGUGUGCCCACAUCUUCUCUGAGUCCACGAACGUUGGUAUGGAUGAUCCAAUGAAGAUAUUUUCAUCGUGUUCUGUUGUUUCAUCUGACUUACUCUGUCCCAAGAAAGACUACGCUGCGAAUGCAUGGACUAUCAUCAAACAUUUUGGAUUCUCGAACAUCCUCAAGGACCUUGAAGGCGGAAAUAUCCACAGAUUGGAAAACAUCUUGACCCUCCAAUACGAUCUUCAUGUUCAUUUUGACAAUCUCGCUCUAUGGUUGGAGCCCACAGUACGUUUUCCCCAUUUCCUCCUUUCCCGGCUAACUAAUUCCCAAGAUAUUGAAAAUCGCUACAAAGUCGGCACAACGAUGGAUUACAUUUUUGAGUUGAGGAUAGUGCCUCGAUUUGUUGAUUUCACAUCUACGCGAAGUGACUUGCCACUACCGUCGAAAGAGUACUUGUGUAUACAUGCCGCAUGCUGCCGUGUGGCGCAUAUGUCCGGCGCCGUAGAGUAUCUCAACUGCCUAGGGGAUGAUGAUCCUUUCAAGUCCAAGGUACGGAGCUAUGAUCCCGUAGGUUCAGAUUUUGGGGAUGUCUUGGCAGCGCGGUUGUACGAAGUGAGCGAGAUUCGUUCGGCGGCGUCUGUUGGAGCCUGAAGGUUUUAUGGUUCAUUUUCUAAUUGUACUAUUGUUCUUCUAUAAAAACUGCGAUGUAUUCUCCGAAGUGAGGGAUCACUGCCAUGAAAGAGCAAGAUGGCUUUGGUACGAGGCUCGAAACGAGGAGACCAUAGUAUAAAACACGGCGAAAGAGUGAAUUUAAAACAACAUCCUGAUAUCCGAUACCGAAUAAACUGCACAAUCCGCAAGGAAAAAUGACUGGUUAGAAAUGUAUGGGUGAGUAAAAAAGAGUCCAUGCAAAG